AUGCUCUGUGGGUCUCAGUUCCAAGCCCCAGAGAAUUAUCGCAAAGCCGAAGCCAAUAGUGUGUCAAAUGCCGCAAUACAUGCCGUUCUGGACGCCCCUCAGGCUCUUGAGAAUGAAGGCAGGAGCGUUGAACUUGCCGGCCAGCUGGCACCGACAACUUUAUCAGACAAUCCGCCACCUUUUGCGCUUCCUGCGGGCCCGCCUGAACAGACGUUGUUGGUCAAUACUCAGGCUCAAACAACCGAAUCGGUCCUGACCAUCAUCCUCGCUGGGUUCGAUCAAAGUGUCCUUGAUAAUCCGACUAGUUACCUGGAGAUUAUCCCGGUUGGGCUCCCUUUCACGUGCGAGCACUUGGUUUCUGGCCUCAUCAAUGCUCAAUGCCGUCCUGGGCGGAUUUUACAACAUCUGAUUGCCCAGGGGCGCGCCUCGACCAUUCGUUUUGGCGCCUCUCGUCAUGCCCUCGAUGUCGCGGAACACUCACCGGACGAGUACUUCAGUUACCAGCGGGGCUUUCGCGAGCACGGAGACCUCGCAGCCAUUCUGAACACCACAUCUGGACACACUGGGAUCGAGCCCUGUGGAACAGGCCUCAACUUUCCCAGUUGUGUCGAAGUGUAUGACCAUGCUCGGAACAUGGAUUCCACUCUACCCGACGACGUUCCUUUGUAUUCUGUUUACUUCUAUAUUGAUCAGAUGGUGAAUCCAUUGCUGUCAUCAUCUGCACGGGCAAUACCAGUCCCGGUCCCAGUCCCCGCCCCUGUUAUGGAUGCGGUAGAGCGCAUCAAGGCUGCGUACGCUAACGUAUAUAGGACUACCUUCGAUAAUCGCGACCCGCAGGCUUUCGUACCGCGUCCCUAG